UCACAUCAGUUAGGUCAAUAGGACAAUACGAUCGUAUCCAUCAAAACUUUGAUUCUCCUCGAUUGGAGAGUGAUGCACAGAGUUGUCGUGACUGGACUGGGUGCCAUCACACCUCUUGCAGCCGGUAUCAAGCAAACAUGGGCUCGUCUCAUAAAUUCUGAAUCUGGUCUAGUGUCGACCUCGACGAGAGGCGCGCAAUUCGAUGUUUUGCCCAGCAGAGUUGCUGCACUCGUACCGCAAGGUGCGAAAAACGAUGGAGCAUGGCAGGCGAGAGACUGGUUACCCGCCAGCGAGGAGCGCCAGAUGGCCUUGUUUGCUCAAUACGCCAUUGCUGCGGCCCAAGAAGCCUUGACCGACGCUGGUUGGCAUCCGACGAAACAAGAAGACCUCGAAGCCACUGGUGUCACGAUUGGUUCAGGAGUGGGCAAUCUCGAUGAGGCCUACAACACAUCGAUUGCGUUUCACGAAGCUGGCUAUCGUAAAGUCUCGCCAUUAUUCGUUCCAAGACUGUUGAUCAAUCUUGCUGCCGGACACAUCUCUAUUAGGUACGGCUUCAAGGGCCCAAAUCAUGCUGCGACUACGGCCUGUACGACAGGCCUGCACGCCAUUGGGGAUGCCUCUAGACUAAUAGCCUUUGGCGAUGCAAAAGUUAUGGUCGCUGGCGGUGCCGAAUCAUGCAUCCAUCCUCUGGCAAUCGCCGGUUUUGCCAGGGCUCGAAGUCUCGCUACUGAUUGGAACGACAAUCCGGCAGCGGCAUCACGCCCAUUCGAUCGCCAAAGGGCUGGUUUUGUUAUCGGAGAGGGCGCUGGCGUUGUGAUUCUGGAGGAGUUAGAACACGCAAAGUCUCGUGGCGCGAACAUCUAUGCAGAGAUCAAAGGCUACGGACUGUCUGCUGAUGCCCAUCAUAUGACAGCGCCGCGGGCAGACGGCCACGGUGCAUUUUUAUCCAUGAGACACGCACUGAGGCAUGCCUCUAUCAGACCGGCGGAAGUCGACUACGUUAAUGCUCAUGCGACCUCGACCAAAUUGGGAGAUGCAGCAGAGAACAAUGCGAUCAAGACUCUGCUUCUGGGUGAGAAUGGCAGACAAUCUGCUUCUGGAAUUAAUAUGAGCAGUUCGAAGGGAGCCAUCGGGCACAUGCUCGGCGCCGCCGGCGCCGUCGAAGCAAUUUUCACCAUCCUGGCAGUUAAGCACAACAUUAUGCCACCAACCCUCAACCUUGAGACGCCGGGUGACCCUGCAGAAGAUUUCAACUGCAACUAUGUCGCAAAGACAUCACAGUCACACACCGUUCAAAAUGCGCUUACGAAUAGCUUCGGUUUCGGCGGCACCAAUGCCAGCCUUUGCAUUUCGAAAUACAAUUGA